AUGGGGCCGGACAGGCCCACGUGGUGGCUGUAUGGCGACUCGCAGCUGCAGGGCAACCGCACGUACCUGAACAACACGACGCGGGUAGAGGAGUGGCAGCUGGGAGUGUUCGGAGGCCUGACGUCGAAAAACGUCACGAUCGCCGAGCAGCCCAUGCUCGAGCUGGACGGGUGGCUCACGCUGCGCAGCUCCGAGCCGGCGGAAAUUCGCGUGAUGCAGGAGCUGCGCAGGGAGCUGAACGAAGCGAUCCAGUGGCUGGCCAUUGCCGCCGUAGACGACGACAGUGCCGCCACCGCCAGGGCGCAGGCCGCGGGCCUGCGCCUGCGGGCGGCCGUCGGCCUGCUGUCGGGCCGGGCGCCCGACGACGCCGCGCGGGAGGCGGCGGCGCCGUCCGAGAGAGGAGAUUGCGGACGAGAACGUGGAACAGCAGCUCUCUGCGGCGUCACUUCGUCUGAAGAAGGUCACGCAGCUCAGGAACAUGUGCAAGCUGAGGGACCUGAAGGCGACUGGCAAGAAGCAGGAGCUUGUGAACCGGCUGCUGAGCGCCUGAGCGCUCAGGGGGGACGUGCCCGACCUACGCCUUCCCCUGGGGGGGCCCCCGCGGGCGCGCGGCGCCUUGCUGGGUGCGCACCCCCAGCGGGGAUUGGCCGUGCCUCCCUGCGCCGCACACCGCGUUUGGAGAUGGUCACCUUUAGAGCGCCACGGCGUGAGAGAGCACGACGGCGGAUGGCUGGGUGCCCUCCUGGCCGUGGCCGGCAGCGCGCGCGCGCGCCAAUCGCGUGGUUCCACCAAGGGGGACCUGUGGCCAGGAUCCGUGCGGGCGUGUCGUUUGGGCGCCGUCCUGCUCGUCCCUCUCCCUCCUAG